AUGAGGCAAAGCAAUACUGAUACGGUAGAAGGGCAGAGGCUGAAGCCCUUUUUGCGAAGUGGGACACAUGGCGCCACCAUUUCAGAAAUCGACGGUGGCGGCGCCAUCCCUUUGGCUCCUGCGCUGUCGAAGUCUGACCCUGUCCUGUGCCAGGGCAGGAAGGAAGAGCUGCAUAAACUCGAGGAAGGACUUGAGCAUCAAACAGAGGUGAAGAUCAAGACCACUGAGGACAUCUGCAUCUCGAUGAUGCUUUUGGGAUGCAUGGGCUUCAUGAUGGCCAACUUCUAUCUCAUAAACUGGCCGGAUGAGGACAUCAAGCGGAUUUCUUGGGAGGUGAUCAGUUCAACUAUAUCCAUCUUCUCGGCCGUCUUGCUCUUCCAGGCUUGCAACAAGGUGCUUGAGUACUACAUCCUGGAGGACUUGUGGAUCUGGUAUCAGCUGGUCAUCGACAUGAUGCACAUGUCGGCGUGGUUCGUGAUCUUGCAGCUGACGUUGGCUUACUUCUCGGGUGCUUUAGGGGAGCACCACGAGGUUGGGAAGCACAGGCUGUCAAUCAUGUCGGCUGCAGCCACCGAAUCAAUGUCGGACUUCCGGAAGAAGCUGCAGCGAGAAAACUCAGCAAAAGAGCACUUUGAGGCAGUCGAGGCGAAUGUGGAGUGCUAUGCCAUACUUCUUGGCCACAUCACGGGCUUUGCGGCAAUCAACGCAUGGGGAACGCUUCAGCAGGCCGUUCCGCGAAACCUGGUUUGGUGUGGUCUUGUGCCAGUGAUUACGCUCGUUGGAAUUCUGUGUAUCUAUGCUGGCACUGACACGUUGAGAGAGUACAAGACGUUGGCCGACGACGAAGAGGAUGAGUGGGAGAAGCUGUGGGACGAAGAGGUUGCCGAGACAGAAGAUGAUGUCAUGGCAUUGGCCGUCUCUUUCUUGCUCGUCCAGGUUCUCCGGUUUAGUAUCAGUGGCCAGCUACCCAAUUCCGAGGGAGAAGAUGAGGAGGGAACGCAGCACUCAACCGGCGAAUGUGGCAUGCUGCUUCUAGCUGCAGCUGCUUUUGGAUGCUUCGAGAUUUUCAAGAUCACCUUCCGCUCGCCCCUGAGAGCGAGCGUGGAUGGGUCUGUCUGCAUAACGGGCAAGACACCGUCUAGUUCAACCACAGCGGAGGGGGUCGUAGCUGAGACUUCUGGAAAGCUGAGUCAGCAUGCACUCGAAUAA